GGGAAAGAUUGAAAUUUGCAAUACAACAAUACACAACAACAUAACACAAAUUUCAUACGCAAAAAUGAUGAAUUCCUGUGCUCAACAGAAGAGCAUGCCUGGAGGCCUUGUGCCUGCCGACCCAAACAGUCCAAAGAUCCAAGAGAUUGCUGCUUGGGCUGUUGGGCAGUACAACAAGGAACAAGGAACAUGCCUUGAGUAUGUGAAAGCUCUGAAAGCGGAACAACAAGUGGUUGCUGGUAUGAUGUACUACAUUGAGCUCGAGGCGGUUGAUGGUUGCUUGAUGAACAAGUAUUAUGCUAAAGUUUUUGAUCAGUCAUGGACCCAAACCAGAAAGCUCGAGGAGUUCAAGUGUCUGCUCCAAGAAAAUGAUCGUGUCGCCGUUGCCAACUAAUGUUCAACCACACACUCUAAGCUAUAUCUAAGCUAGAUAAUGUACGCAAUAUAUAGUGCAAGAUAAUAAACAGGACAUAGGAGUGUGAUGUACAUAUAUAUAGUUACAUCAAAACUACUAUGAACUACUACUAUUUCCAAAUUAAAGUCUGUCUUACAUGACUUAUUUAGGUUAUGUAAAACCACUAUGAACUAUCUAAUUAAAAUGUUUUUAUGAAUUUGGCUUAUA